AUGCCUCUCUCCAUUCUGAUCUCUGGUGUCAAUGGAUUUAUUGCUACAGAUCUGGCGCUCGCAUUCCUGGAAGCCGGAUACCACGUUCGUGGUACUGUACGCACACAGAUCAAGGCAGACGCUUGGUUAGCCUUACCGUCCUUUGUCCCGUAUGCAGCUUCAGGGAAGCUGGAGUGUGCGUUAGUAGGCGACAUUAUCGCAGAGGGGGCAUUCGACCAGGCCCUCGAGGGCAUGGACUACUUCAUACAUACUAUCGCCCAGCUCCCUGAUUGGCGUUCUGGUGUUUCUCAGGACUAUGAGAAAUCCAUUCUUCUCCCUAAUAUCAAUGGUACAGUCAGCGCUCUUCGCUCAGCCGCGAAGUAUGCUAGGUGUAAAAAGGUUAUUACUGUGAGUUCUAUCGCCGCCGCGGUAGAUUUCUCUAUACCAAAUCACACCGAACCCGUAACCGGCGAGUCGUGGAACCCUCGCGACUACGAAUAUGGGAAGAAUGCACCUCACCCUUUGUUGGCCUACACCACGUCAAAGAAGCUAGCAGACAAAGCCGCUUGGAAGUUCAUGAAAGAGACUAACCCUCAUUUUGCGCUUAUCAAUAUGCUACCUUGCUUCGUCUAUGGUCCGGCACACGGACAUGAUCCUUUCGGUAUCAACAAUAGUUCUAACCAAUGGCUAGCUGGGGUGCUUUUUCGCGCGGACUGGAACUUCCGAACUACAUCUGGAGGCCCAGUCUUGGUCGACCUGCGAGACUUGUGCACGGCUUUCGUGCGCGCCAUCGAAAAAGAUGAGGCCAAUGGGCAUCGAUUUGCUCUGGGCCCAUCUAAUAUUUCGAUUUUCCCCUCGGAAUUUGUAUCGAUCUUCGCUAAGGAGUUUCCUGAACGUGCCCACUUAUUGCCUUCUGUACCGGCGGACCUGGUCAACAUGCCUGUGUUUACAAUCGACAGCAGCAAGACUGAAAGAGUACUUGACAUGAAGUUCAGAUCCGCGGAGGAGACGAUAGUCGAUACUGCGAGAUGGAUGAUUGAAAAUGGUGGAGAGGAAGCUUGGAGAAAUGUUGAAACUAGGUAUUAA